CUUCGCCGCGCGUAUGAUGGCCAAGAUGGGUUAUGUUGAAGGUCAAGGUCUCGGUUCGACUGGUCAAGGUAUCGUCAAUCCAAUUGAGGCCCAGGCCCGACCACAGGGUGCUGGUUUGGGCGCCGUUCGAGAAAAGACAAAGCAAGCCCGAGAGGAGGAAAAACGAGCGGCGGCCUUACGCGGUGAAGUGGUGGAGGAUAGCUCAGAUGAAGAACGAAAGAGGAGGCAGAAGAAGAAAGAGGCGCGCAAACAGGGAAGUCGAAGCGGUACUGGCACACCAGUGCCACGCGCGAAGCCUCAAUUCCGCACAGCCCGAGAGAUGGAGGAAGAUAUGGCUGGUCUUGAAGUACCAAAUGUCUUGAAGUCAUUGGUUGAUGCCACGGGAAAGGAACAGCGAGUCUUGACCUCCACUGCAGGCUUGAUGACCCCGUCCGAAUUCGUUAAACCUGGUGAAGGUGAAGCUCUUAAGAUUGCACAACGAGCGCGCCAUGAUCUAGAGGCUUUUGCGGAUGAAUGGAAAGGAUUGACUGAAAGGAAGAAGUUUAUUGAUCUGGAGGAGGCGCAGCUUGUGGAGCAAAUGGAUACACAACAACUCCGAAUGGACCAGCUAACAGAGUUGGUCGCUGCCAUUGGGGGAUUGGAAAUCUUCCAAGAUGACAGUACGCGGGGACGUUUCGACGAAGUUACUGAGAAGCUGGAAUCCUUGGAAAUCAAAUAUCGGAAUGAAAUUGAUGAAUACCGUCUCCCCGAGACAGCUGUUGCGGCCAUUCAUCCUCUGUUCCGCCAAGCGAUGGAGGAAUGGGAACCUCUUCAAGAUCCGACAUACCUCGUGUCAAAUCUUCGCCGCCUUCAGCCCCUUUUAUCCCGGCAGAAAGACGAUCAAAAUACACAGCGGCAAUCCACUUCACCUUAUGAAAGUAUGAUAUACACUUUGUGGCUACCUCGUGUGCGCUCGGCACUCCUCAACGACUGGGACGUUUAUGACCCGAGGCCAGCCACCUCCCUUGUCGUUGCGUGGAAAGAGAUUAUACCACACUUUGUUUUGGCGAACGUUCUUGAUCAGCUCGUGGUUCCGAAGCUCACCGGUGCUCUGAAAGAAUGGAAGCCUAGAAGCAGUAGCAGACGCCACACUUCCUCACAUCAUAGUUCUCGCUUCCCAUGGUGGCUAUUCUCAUGGCUACAGUAUCUUGGUGAACGACAUACGGACCCAAGACAGCCUACAGGUCUCCUUUCAGAUGCCAAGAGAAAAUUCCGCGUUGUCUUGGAUUCCUGGGACCUCAGAAAAGGCUUGGUUGAUGGCAUUCAGCUGUGGCGCGAUGCGUUGGGCUCAGAGUUUGACGUAUGCUUACGAAACCACCUCUUACCACGACUGGGUCGCCAUCUCCGUGAAGAUUUUGAAGUAAACCCACAAGACCAAGAUGUCUCAGCACUGGAAAACAUCUUCAAAUGGAAAGAUUUCUUCAAGCCUAAUGUUUUCGGGUUAUUGCUGGUAGCCGAAUUUUUCCCUAAGUGGCACAAUAUUCUGUAUAUUUGGCUCACCAAUGACCCGAACUACGAAGAGGUUGGCGAGUGGUUCUCCUGGUGGCGAACCCAAAUCCCCGAAGACGUCAACGAGCUGACUAUCGUCGACGACGAGUGGAAGAAAGGCUUGCGGACCAUGGACCUUGCAUCUCGCUUGGGUGAUCGCGCUGCUGCAGAGCUUCCACCCCCAUCAUCUACCACUGCAGAGCAGCUUCCUGAGGAAAAGCCCCAUGUGCCAGCGGAGGCACCAUCCACGAAAGCUCGCAAGCCCAAGGUCGUGGAAGAGGUCGCCUUCAAAGACAUUCUCGAAACCUGGUGCACAGAACAGGGGCUCAUCAUGCUCCCAUUGCGAGAAGCACAUCCGCAAAAUGGCCAACCUCUCUUCAGAAUCACAGCCAGCGCUACCGGAAAGGGUGGUGUCGUGGCCUUUGUCCAGGGAGAUGUUGUCUGGGUGCAGAACAAGAAAGCAAAGGACGUUUGGGAGCCGAUGGGGCUGGAAAACCAGCUUGUGGAGCGUGCAGAGAGCAGAUGAUAUCCCUAUUUUUUGUUAUAUUAGCAUGGACUACAGUUUUUGGCUAGUUUUCACGAUACCUUGUAUUUAGAUAUCCACUUAUCAUGAUUACAUUGAUAUACAUAUAAUUAUAGAAGUGGCUGAACACACCUUCAAA